AUGGCUCCAUCCAUUGGCGUCCGAAGCUCCAUCGGAAGCCCGACCACUAGCCCAACGAUCCUCAAACUGGGGGAAGAAAGCGCCGAUGCGGCAAAGUGCCAAGGCCUCGCUGUGCCCUUGACGGAGCUCAGCAGUGCGGAAAUCGGCCACAGCCUUCAGCAGACCUUCACCAGUGAAGAAGACUUCGCUGAUUUUCGAGCUCUGAUAGGGCAACUGGAGGAUCAGUACAUACACGAAAUGGUCCUCCUGAGUGACGAGAACAAGCUGUUAAGAUCUGAGAUGGCCAAAGUACUUGGCGCUGGCAGCACCGACACCAAGAAAAUCGGCGGCCUUCGUGGGAUGGAAGCAGGCACGACGACCUGUCAUGGCAAGGACGGGAGCAUCAACCAAACCUUUGAUAUGUCAGCCGUCGCCGACCCCAGAUUUCGUGCUGGACAGGAGGUUCCAGAAACUCGCCCUGCGGAAGGAUCACGAAAUCCACCUUCCUCGGGUCUGCCAGCACAUGCAGAGGAGCAGGUUGUCAUGGGCAGUGCCGCCACCACGCAGAUGAUUGCGAAGAUCGAUGCAGAGGCCGCCGCCGUACAGAAGCACGACUGCGCGAGCCGCCUUGAGAGCGAUUUCUACGAAAUCACGAUAGGCAUGCUCAUCAUCGUGAAUUCUGUGAUCAUGGCCAUCGAGUUCGAGUAUCAAGGCUACGUGGUUGGCCACGACCUAGACUACCGGAGAAUGGAGGGGAGCCCUGAUGAGGCCUGGCCUCAUGCGGAAGGUGCUUUCUAUGCCAUCAAUUUGGGCUUCACGAUUGCUUUUGUUGUUGACAUCGUGCUCCGCCUCAGCUUCCUCCGACUGCGAUUCUUCAAGUUGACAUUCAACUGGCUGGACCUUCUGGUCGUUCUCUGCAGCGUCACUGAGAUCCUGUUUCAAGACCUAAUACCGGUGGACACGGUCUUCAUGCGCCUGUUGCGGCUGGGAAAGGUGGCGCGAGCGAUGCGAGUUGUUCGACAUACAGAGGGGAUGUCGUCGCUCAUCAUGCUGCUCAAGUGCGUGAGAGCCAGCUUCAACACACUCUGCUGGUCUUUGAGCUUCAUCGUCGUGCUUCAGUGCAUGGCAGGUAUGGUCAUGAGCCAAGUUCUUUGGCCGUACAUGAAAGAUGAGUCUGCGGACCUGGAUGAGAGGAGGGAAGUCUUCAGAUACUAUGGCACGUUCACUGGAACGUUCCUCACCAUGUUCGAGGUGUUGCUGGCAAACUGGGCUCCUCCGGCUCGAAUCCUUGUGGACUACGUCAGUGAAUGGUUCGUCUAUGUUUUUGUCGUGUACCGCUGUGUGGUAGGCUUCGCGGUCCUCAAUGUAGUAUCGGCUGUCUUCAUUCAGCAGACGAUGAAGGUGGCACAGGCAGAUCAGGAGCUCAUCUUGAAGCAGCGGCUCAGAUCAGAGCAAGCGUAUGCAGCGAAGAUGAGAGAGUUCUUCGACAAGUUGGACACCGACAGCACGGGCUUCUUGACAUGGCAGGAGUUCAGUGAGGUCCUCCGAAAGCCUGAGCUGCGAUCCUGGAUGGCAACCUUGGAGCUUGAGACCUACGACCUGGUGAACCUCUUUCACAUGAUCGAUGACGGUGACGGCGCCAUCACCGUGGCAGAGUUCCUCGAUGGAGCCAUUCGCCUGCGAGGUGUGGCGAAGAGCCUGGACCUGGCACAGGUACUCAGCACCACCCGAAGAGUGGACGCCAAACUCGAGGCGUGCCUCAUGGCCAUCCAAAAGUUGUCGGGCGAGAACGAUGUGGAAAGUUUGAAGAAGACGGCUUUCGGCAAGAUGUCAAGAUUGACGUCGAGACGAAUGUCGUUGCACAGGCGAAGCGCGCCGGUGGGACGCAUCGGAGUCGAAAGCAAAACGCUCAAAAAGGGAGCCGCAGACUGA